AUGAGUGUUCGCAGCCCAGGACCCUGGGAGCGGGGACCCUCAACCCCCCUCCCAGAGCAGUGCCCCCGGGAGCUCCCUACCCCGCUUCCCAGCACCGCGACCCCACAGCACAGUCUGCCAGCCCCACGGCGGGUCACUCCCACCCAGCAGCGCCUACCGGCGGCCAGCGGUGCCCCAGGGCGCGUCCCAGCAGCGAGGUCUGCUCGGGCCAACCGAGAGCGAGCCCCGGGAACCCCGCCCCCACCGCCCGGGCCAACCGAGAGCGAGCCGGAAACCCCGCCCCCACCGCCCGGGCCAGCCGCGCGCGAGCCCCGGGAACCCCCGCCCCCCCCGCCCGGGCCAGCCGAGAGCGAGCCCCGGGAAACCCCGCCCCCACCGCCCGGGCCAGCCGAGAGCGAGUCCCGGGAAACCCCGCCCCCACCGCCCCGGCCAGCCGAGAGCGAGUCCCGGGAAACCCCGCCCCCCCGCCCGGGCCAGCCGAGAGCGAGCCCCGGGAAACCCCGCCCCACCGCCCGGCCAACCGAGAGCGAGCCGGAAACCCCGCCCCCACCGCCCGGGCCAACCGAGAGCGAGCCCGGGAAACCCCGCCCCCCCGCCCGGCCAGCCGAGAGCGAGCCCGGGAAACCCCGCCCCCACCGCCCGGCCAGCCGAGAGCGAGCCCGGAAACCCCGCCCCCACCGCCCGGGCCAGCCGAGAGCGAGCCGGAAACCCCGCCCCCCCGCCGGGCCAACCAGAGCGAGCCGGAAACCCCGCCCCCACCGCCCGGGCCAGCCGAGAGCGAGUCCCGGGAAACCCCGCCCCCCCCCCGGCCAGCCGAGAGCGAGUCCCGGGAAACCCCGCCCCACCGCCGGGCCAACCGAGAGCGAGUCCCGGGAAACCCCGCCCCCACCGCCCCGGCCAGCCGAGAGCGAGUCCCGGGAAACCCCGCCCCCACCGCCCGGGCCAGCCGAGAGCGAGCCCCGGGAAACCCCGCCCCCACCGCCCGGCCAGCCGAGAGCGAGCCGGAAACCCCGCCCCACCGCCCGGGCAACAGAGAGCGAGCCGGAAACCCCGCCCCCACCGCCCGGGCCAACCGAGAGCGAGCCGGAAACCCCGCCCCCACCGCCCGGGCCAGCCGAGAGCGAGCCGGAAACCCCGCCCCCACCGCCCGGGCCAACCCAGAGCGAGCCGGAAACCCCGCCCCCACCGCCCGGGCCAGCCGAGAGCGAGCCCCGGGAAACCCCGCCCCCACCGCCCGGGCCAGCCGAGAGCGAGCCGGAAACCCCGCCCCCCGCCCGGCCAACCGAGAGCGAGCCGGAAACCCCGCCCCCCACCCCCGGGCCAACAGAGAGCGAGCCCCGGGAAACCCCGCCCCCACCGCCCGGGCCAACCGAGAGCGACCCGGAAACCCCCGCCCCCACCGCCGGCCAGCCGAGAGCGAGCCGGAAACCCCGCCCCCACCGCACGGGCCAACCGAGAGCGAGCCCCGGAAACCCCCGCCCCACCGCCCGGGCCAGCCGAGAGCGAGCCGGAACCCUCCUACUCUACUGGGUCACGAGGCAAGCGCGGAAGGACACUCACCCCCACCCCUAA